CCAAGAGGAUUGGAGUACAGGUUCUCGAAAAGAUCAGCAGGAACCUGUCACUGUUUUGCAAAGAGAAGCAUUUUGGUGGGGCCUGAUGGUGAUCCUGUUACCUCUCCUCACUGUAUUGAUGGUGAAGUUCACCCAUGCUCGGACUCACUCUCUGAGAUAUUUCCGCCUGGGCCUUUCGGAUCCUAGCCAUGGAGUCCCCGAAUUUAUCUCAGUCGGGUAUGUGGACUCGCAUCCUAUCACCACAUAUGACAGUGUCACUCGACAGAAGGAGCCUCGGGCCUCAUGGAUGGCAGAAAACCUGGCACCUGAUCACUGGGACAGGUACACUCAGCUGCUGAGGGGCUGGCAACAGACAUUCAAGAUGGAGCUGAGGCACCUACAGAGGCACUACAAUCACUCAGGUUUUCACACUUACCAGAGAAUGAUUGGCUGUGAGUUGCUGGAGGAUGGAAGCACUACAGGAUUUCUCCAAUAUGCAUAUGAUGGACAGGAUUUCAUCAUCUUUAAUAAAGACACCCUUUCCUGGGUAGCUAUAGAUAAUGUGGCUCACAUCACCAAGCGGGCAUGGGAGGCCAAUCAACAUGAGUUACAAUAUCAAAAGAACUGGUUGGAAAAAGAAUGCAUUGCCUGGCUAAGGAGAUUCCUGGAAUAUGGAAAAGAUACCCUGCAAAGAACAGAACCUCCACUGGUCAGAACAAAUCGCCAAGAAAUUCUUCCAGGGAUUACAACUCUCUUCUGCAGAGCUCAUGGAUUUUACCCCCCAGAAAUUUCCAUGAUGUGGAUGAAAAAUGGGGAAGAAAUUGUCCAAGAAGUGGAUUAUGGAGACAUCCUUCCCAGCGGGGAUGGAACCUAUCAGACAUGGGUGUCUAUUGAGCUGGAUCCUCAGAGCAGUGACAUUUACUCGUGUCAUGUGGAGCACUGUGGCCUCCAGAUGGUUAUUCAGGCCUCUCAGGAACCGAAAAUCAUUUUUCUGAUGACAAAAGCUGUCCCUGUGGCCAUAGGGCUCGCCAUUGUCCUGGCUGGAGUUGGCAUUUUGGCCUGGAGAAGAAGGCUUCGAGGGAAAAAUGAAGUUAUCUACCAUCCUACAUCAUCAGAUCAAUGAUUGUAAUUCUCCUUCCCAGGAACCAUGGUGUAUUUAUUGAUCAGCUUUCCCACUGGUGGAACAAAAGAGGGAGGUUUAUUUUGGCUCACAGUUUCAGUCCAUGGUUGGCAGGCUCCAGGGCAGAAACAUCACGGCAGAGGGCAUGGCACAGGAAAGAUGUUCAAUUCAUAGCAUCUGGGAAGCAGAGAGCAAGGGGCCAGGGACCAGACAUGGUCCCCAUGGUCACACCUCCAUGACCCACUCUGGCAUAGCAACAAGUGCACUUUAUUAAUCUCCUAGUGAUCUUUCCACCCACUCGAGAUAAACUAUCACACAUGGUUUCCUCUGUCUCUCACGCACUUAAGGCCAGUGAUCGAAGCUCUUGACCACACCCACAGCAUGCUUGCGUAUUGUAGGACUGACCGUGUAUGGCAGAAAUAUAGAAACCACUAAAUUUUCUUUGUUAUUUGGACUAUUGGCUUCAGGCCUUUUUGAUGGACUCCUUUAUCAUAUUUGGCUUUAAUACAACUUGUCUUAUAACACUAAAAUUCCCUACAUCUCAUUUCUCAAUGAUGAUUUAUGAGUAGAUUAGAGAAUUUCAGCCUAGCCUCUUCUUGGACACUGAGUGAUGAGUACUUUCACACAUCACACAAUGGCCUUUCUUGUUCAUUUCCUUUUUAAAAAUUUUUUUAUUUUUUGGUAUUUUAUUUUUUGGAUUGAACUCGGGACCUUGCGCUUGUGAGGCAGGCGCCGGAACCACUGAGCUAAAUCCCCAGCCCUCUUGUUCAUUUCCUUUCAUGAGAAUGUUUAUUAUGCAAGAGCUUUGAAUAUCAUGAGUACCAUGACUAUGACCCUAUGGGUAGGGUUAGACUGCCAUGAGAGCAGCAAGCAAGUUUCUACAACAGCCUGUGAAUGGCUUGAUUAUUUUACACAUAUUCUGGCCUGGCAGAAAGCAAAAGUUCUUCAUGAUGACAUUGUCUGGUAGCUUGGAAUAUUGGAAGUAUGCCUUAUAGGUAUCAGACAUACUGUGGCAUCCAGUGGAAGUACAGAGACCUGGACCAGACUGUAAUAUUUGAAUGUAAAUAUGAUAGUAUGUACCAGGCAUGGUGGUGCAUGCUUAUAAUCCCAGGACUCUGAGAGGAUGCGGCAGGAGGAUCACAAAUUAGAAUGAGACAUUGCCUGAAAAUUAAAAACUGAAAAGGUCUGGGGAUGUAGCUCAGUGUGAACGCCCUGUGUUCAAUCCCUAGUAACCACACAAGAUAGUGUUUAUGUUUCAGAAGAAGAUUAAAUUGUGCGCACGAGCGUGUGUGUGUGUGUGUGUGUGUGUGUGUGUGUGUGUGUGUGUGUGCUGCGGAUGGAACUCUGGGCCUCAGGCAUUCUAGGCAAACUUUCUAUCACUGAGCUAUAACCCCCUACCCCAGAAAGUUCAAUUCUAAUGUCUGCCUUCCCUAAACUGUCCUGUUGUAGGUAGGCCUGACUCACCAUCAUACAUAUGCUUCCUAUUCAUACAUAUAUACUGAGAAAAAGUAAAAGUUCCAUUCGAGAAUUAACAUCCCAUCACUCCUCUUUACCUUCCCCAACCCCUAAAGUCCUCACCUCCUAUCUUGCUGUUUGUAUCUACUCAUCCUAGAGUUGUUAGCCACACAUUCAUCUGUCCUAUUUCUCUGACCCUGUUUGACUGCACAUGUCAGUCUUGAUACUUACUUUAGUGCCCACGACACUGACAACUGGCUUUGAAUAUGUAACUCAGCCUCGACCCCUGCUCUACCUUGACUUCGGCUGUGAUGUUAAUAAUCACAGCCACAGAUCACAGCCCUGUCAGUGUGCAAGCCUCUAAGAACCCACCUGCCAGGCUCACUCCCCGCUCCACUGUCCCCAGCUAAUUCCAUGGAUUAAGCCCCCACUGUACAUCUCUCUUCUCCAGGGCCUAUUGGGUUGCAUAGGAACACAAUCGUGUUUGGUCUGCUUUUAGGGUUGCCAUGGGCAAUAUCUAUAUUGUCUUUUAAACAGUGUUAGACUGUGGAGAAAAUAUAUGCAAUUUAUUUCUGGAAUGGUUUCUUCUGACAAUCAGAAUAGUUAGGAUGUGAUAUGUUUUUUGAUAGGUACUUAAAAUGAUACAGGUGAUAUAGCUAUGUAGAUGUCUUGAUCCUCCACCUGCAUGGUACUCUCAUCAAAGGCAUGAUGGACAAAAGUCUCUGUGCUCCCAGAGCCUUACCCAAUUGAUUUCCAAAUGGAUGAAGACGAGGAAGCAAAAACGAUGGAUGGGGUGUAAUAAAGAAUAUGGUGAAUGUCCAUUUAAAAAUUAUUCCUAUAAAAGGCAUAUUGCCAUUACCCCCCUCAAAAUAUUCCCCCUUGCUUUGAAUACACUUAUCCCGUCAUUCUUGCACUUCCAGAAGUCCUCUAUUGUGAGUAUCUUUAGUCAUGCUAUCGUGACUGCCUUGGUGUCCUGAAUUGAUUUAAAAUGUACCUUUCGUGGUCAUUUUGAUUUGGGGGAAGAGCCAGAAGUUACAUGGUGACCAAUCCAGUUAAUAAGGUGGAUGAGGAUGUUUCAUGUUUUUAUUUUACAAAAAUUGCCGAAAGGGUUGGGGAUUUAGCUCAGUGGCAUCGCAUCUGCCUUGCAAGUGCAAGGUCCUGAGUUCAAUCCCUGGUACCAUAAAAAAGAAUUGCUGUAAAAUUUGAUCAGUGAUAGGUGGUAAAAAAAAUACGGUGCAUCUUUAAAUUAAAAAAUUGUUAUAGUAAAAGACUGUUGUUACUCCCCCUCAAAAUACUCAAAAUAUCCUUCUACUUCGCACACACUUAGCCCAUCAUUCUUGGCAAUGUGUCUUUUAUUGUAAGAACUGUUUAAAAAUUUAAACAUUCAUUGCACUUUUUUUCAAUCACCCCUUCUAUGCAUUUGCAGCAUUUUUCUUUCUCCCUGGGGGAUCUUGUAAUAUAAAAAGUAUAUAGCAGUGAUUUUUGAAAAUACCUACAAUUUAAGUUGGGGCUAUUACUCAUGGUAGAGCACUUGCCUAGCAUACUUAAGGCCCUGGGUUCUAUCCCCAGAACUGCAACACAAAAACAAACAAACCUAAAGUUUUAAACCUUAUUUUUAUUGUGGGUGAUUCAAAAUUGUAUUAUUUCUUAAUAAUUUUAGGCUUGUCAUUUCACUGAUUCAUGUUUAUUGAUUAUAGAUGCUCAGUAAUCAGAAUAUUUGAAACAGUUGGUAGUAUGAUCUAAAUAUUAAAAACAAAGGGCUAUGCUAUCACUAGAGUUAUGUUCUGGCCUUGCAUAUCUUUACUUUUAGAUAUUUUAGAUGGAGAGUAUUUUAAAUGAGGAACUUGUUCAACUCCUUUUUUUUUUCAAUUCCACUACAUUUAUUAUCUGUUUUCUCUUUAGUGUACACAGACCAAGACGUCAAAUGGCAAGGCAGAAAGCAGGGAGGUAAAACAAUUUGAAGUGUAGACGUCAGGCUAGGUUUUCCUGGACCACACUCUGUCACAGGUUCCUGAGCUCUCCUGUGAGGUCUGGACCCCUUUCUCUUCUUAUUCCAACUAUUUCCACAUUCUGAUCCUUCCCUCAUUUCUGAGGAACUAUUUGUUUUUUUUCUUUCUCUGUUUUUGGCCUGUGAGAACAGUGUUUUGGCCCUUGUGGCCAUGAGGAACAGAUGUCCGCUAGGGAGGUAAGCUGGUUAUUUUCUGACAGGGUGCCACAGAAUGGUCACACCUUAUUUUGGCCACCACUGCCUAGGGUCUUUGUCUUCACAUGUCCAGGUCAAAUUUCCCUGAAAAGAUGAUCAGAUGGAUGCAAAAAGUGGAGUCUCAUUGUAUUAAUUUUCUGACCCAGGUGGGCUGGGAGUCUAUUUCAAUGCAUCUUGUAGUGGGAAAGUCUACAUUCAAACAACCAAAUCCCAGUGCUUGGUGCCCCAGAAUUGGAGCAGGGAGACACACUUUUAUUUUUUAUAUUUUAUUUUUCACUGUUCUUUUCUGGGGGUUGCUAUUUUUUCACAUACAAUUUAUUAGUUCACAGAAUGUUCUCCAGGGAAGAGGGGAUUUGCCCAAAGCCACAUACAGUGAGCAGCAGAGCUGGAAGGGAGCGCAGAUUGCCUGUUUCCAGCCCAGGUAUUUUCUACUUGACUGCCUUGCCAUUCUUAGAGGAUGAUUCUCCACCACUCUUUUUGAAAUGCCUUCAUCAUCUCCCUUUCUUUGAACAUUUGCCGUCUUUUAGUCUUUGUCUUUCUUUAAUAUCUUUGCAUCUCCCUUUUAUCCUGGGCUCCCUUUCUCUGACAUCCUUCUAGCUUCUGGUUGUCCCAAACCCUACAGACUCUGUAACAAAUCUCAAAAUCUAGUGGCCAUGGGCCAGGGAUUUAGCUCAGUGGUUCCAAUGCCUGCCUCGCAAGCGCAAGGUCCCGAGUUUGAUCCCCGGUACCAAAAAAAACCCACAAAAAACUAGUGGCUUAAAAACAAUAAUCAUUUUACUAUCUUUCUUAGUCUUUAUAUGUCAGGAACUUGAGUAAGGCUUGGGUAGGCAAUGCUGGCUGUAGUCUCCCAUGGAGUUAUAGCCAAGUGGUGACUAGAAGUAAAACGGUACAGGACUGGAGCAGCUGAGAGUAGUGGCCAGGCAGCCCUCUCCAUUCUGUCUCAGGGACUCUCCAUGUGGUGGUCUCUCUUUGUGGGUUAGUUUGGGGUUCUUCACAACAUGGCAAUCUCAGGGCAGUCAGACUGCUUACAUGGCAGCCAGCAUUCUUCAGGGUGAAUUUCCUGAGAUCAAGGCAGAAGUACACAGAAUUUUUAUGGCCUAGCCUUGGAAAUACUCAGUGUCACUUUGUCACACUCUUAAUUUGUCAAGGAAAUCACAAAAUGCUGCUCAGUUUGAAAGAAAGUCUGGGUAUAGUCUCAACACUCAGUGGGAAGAUUGUCAAAGUUAAAUUGUAAGAAGAGCAUAUAGAUGAGAGUUCCUAUUUAUUCAAUAGAGUCCUCUAGAGUUUCUGAUGCCUCCACCUCUCAGUAAGAAAGUCAAGUUCUACCAGAGGGGAGAUGCUAAUUAAUGCCUUUUAGUAGGUUAAAUAUGAGCUCAGACAACAGGUCCUUAGGGUUCCCUGGACAUAAGAUUGCUAGAAACAUGCAGACUGUGUGGGACCCAGUACUGAGGAAGAAUCCCAAACUAUGGCUCCAGGGGAACACCCUGAGACUUUCACUUUGGCUUCCUUUUUCUUUUUUGGUACUGGGGAUCGAACUCAGGACCUUGCACUUGCCAGGCAGGCACUGGAAACACUGAGCUAAAUCGCCAGCCCCGGGCUUCCUUUUUCAACAAGUUCCCUUUCUGCUUCCCUACAGCUGACAUAGCUGAAUAAAAAGAAAACUGAAUAGGGCCAGGAAUUUAGCUCAGUGGUUCCACCGCCUGCCUCGCAAGCUCAAGGACCCGAGUUCGAUCCCUGGUACCGAAAAAAAAAAAAAAAAA